GUUUGUUUGUUAUCUCUGAGGAUGGCAGGACAUGAGCAUCCGUUUGAGCAGACUUUCUCCUUCAGUCGUCUUCUUACCAAAGAGUUGCCUUUUCUCCAGGACAAGGACACUCUGACGCUGUUGAUGAAAUGGUCUAUGCUGGGGAGGAUCUCUGCUCAGUUUUACAGCUUUGACCUCAACUUCUGUUCUUACAACAGUGAAAGGUUUGCAUCGUGUUUCUUCAGGGACCCCGAGGUGAUUUCUAAUCUAAGAAACCUGCAGGCCGGGGUCUGGGUACCGCUUGAGAAGCCAGUGAUGUCGGUCCGUGUGGAGCCCGUGCCAUGCACCAAGGUCUCCAUGGAGAUGUUUGAUCCCAUCUCUACUUGCGGCAUCACGAGACCCUCAGGUCAUGUGGUGAAAUGUUUUCACGACGUCCACCCUGACUUUGAUGAGCUCCGACAGAUGUUGCUGGAGGAGGACUCAGAGCACUACUAUGCAGUUGGGAGAGAGGAGCGAGAAGAGUUUCUGUUUCGCAUUUUCAAGCACCUUUGUCUUGGAGGAGAGCUCUGUCAGUACGAGGACACGGUUGGUCCUUACCUCACCACCACAACACAAAUGUACAAAGGCCUGAUCAGCAUGCAGAAAGAUCCAGACACAAAGAAGAUCAGUGUCGUCUCCACAGUGCUCAAAGUGUACGCCUUUGAUGAGUCUGGUCAAUGUUACCCCGGGAGACGGGAGGAAGAGCAGACGUUUGCCUAUCUGAUUAUCGACCCUUUCAAAAGACACGUGACUUUGUUCUACCACUUCUACGGUGUGGGGGACUUCAAACAGUGACAGUGACAAACAUAGGACCACAACCUCUUGUCCCAGAAAUACAU